AGCAUUACUCAAACACAUCUUGGCCCUGUCUACUAUUUUCAGACAUAUUUGAUGUCUCGAAAGCUAAUUGUAGUGCUUGUUGGACACUUAUUCACCAUAAAACAUUACAUAUUAAUGUAGCCACCCACGGAUCGCCAGAUUGACCAAGAUACUAUUUCGUCUUCCUCAUGACUUACUGUACCCUAAGAAACAUAGCCCAUACUACUUGCCGGUUUAGGUUGCCGCUGUUGGCAGAUUCCCAUUAUCUGAAUGCUCUUGACCUCGAUACAUGGAACUUACAUCCAGCACUUGCGCCACGCGAGCUGGCAAGCAAGAUCUAUCCAGUGUCAACAAACAUGCCUUCGAUAGUUAAGCGCACAAGGAGAAGCCACGCGACUGGGUUUGACAGCUCCCCCGCCCCUUUUGCCAUCCCCAUUCUACGAUCGACUCAGGUCCAAAGCUCUCCCUGCCUACACAACGAGGCAUCAUCAUCAGUUUGCGAUCAUGAGCCUCAAUCACAUCGUCAUUCGGGCCAAGAAGAGUGUCUCAGGCCUCUUCACGUUCGUCGACGGACAAGACCCUUUGAACGACACGGUCAAACCCUCUCAGCACGGGAAAGAAAAUGAUACGCCGCACCUCGAAGAAUUUGGCUCAACUAUGUCAUGCGGACGCUCUCCUGGCUCAAACGCGAAGAUUCUGUCCCCCGGUAGAGACAGCCCGUCAAGGCGCAACAAAUUGAUGGGGUCACUGCGAAGAAUCAGCUCGUUGCGGAGCAUUCGAUCACCUCCCAGCAAGACCAAGAAGCGCGACGAGCCUGAGAGUCCCUGUACACCGGCCCGUCUCGACAAGCCGUCGCUCAUACUCAACUUGGAGGAGUCUCCGCCAGAUCAACAUAUGUUUGAGAUUCCCAGAUCCGGACGCUCUACUGCUUCCAAUUUGAUAGUGCACCAUUCCUCGCCCAUCGCUGUUCCUACUUUGUGCAAGCAAGAGGCUCCGUUCAGUACACCUGACCUACCAUCGAUUUUGCCCGCUGGCACGGUUCCGGACUCGCCAGCUCCGUUUCAGAGAGCGUUGGAUAUGGAUCCAAGCAAAUUGACUCCUUCGCCAGUUCCAAGCCCGGCACUUGAAAGGAGGAUAAUCGCCGAGCCGGUUCCCACACCGAUGCCUGGUACCAACCAAACCUUCGAAGACAUCCUUCCGGAUAAUGGGCGACCACCUUAUGCGACGGCGUCUUCUCAGGGCCAGUUAGGCUACUUUGAUAUUCCGCUACACGAUGGCCACGAAGGGAAGGUCGACUACAGCCAUAUCCAGUUCGAUCGCGAGGUGGCGCGAGAGGCAGGUGCUGCGGUUAUUUACGAAAUCCCCGCUAACCCCAGCGACGACAUGACGAAGUGCAUUUCUAGCAACCCGAAUUCAAAGACGUCGAUGGGGGCUCUCGCAGGUAGACAUUGUGCUAUGAACUACCGCCGAGCCAACGGUAGACGGGGCCAGCGAAUGAUGCCUCUGAACCGUAGCAGCAUUGUCGACGAAGGCCCCAUGGACAGAAGUGAGGACAUGACGUGGGUGGAAGAUUUCCGAUUCCCAGGUGAUGAAAUGGCCUUCACCAUGUUUGCACCGACAUCAGACGAUAAAGUCAGGCUAGAGCAUCGUCAGAGCACCUGGGGAGCGCAUACUGGACUCUACGACGGUACUGGCUAUGGCGACGACUCGGGCUUAAUCAGCUCUCGUCCCUCAACAUCGACGGAGAAGACUCCCAUGGUACCCGAGGUGAGUGUCUCAAAGCCUAGAGAGGUUCGAGCCGAUAGUUUGUUGGUCGGGGGCGCUGCCGAAGCCGCGCCUGCCUCGUUUGUGCUAGGGUCAGCGCCUAGUACUACAGGUGACCACGAGAGUUUGGCGGAUGCUAUGCAUGCAUAUGCAAUGUUGGAAGAUCAUCCGAGGUGAUUCUGGCAUGACCGACAAGAGUUCUGUGUACGACUCGGAUAAGGGCAUGAAGACGUCGACGUCGACGUCUACGUCUCUGACAGGAUGAUGCUGAUAGAUGUUGAGUCGGGCGCAUACAUGGUCAGUCGCACACGUUGCAUGGUCGCUUGGGUAUUGUUGCCAUGUCCAACAACAUGGUACGAGUACGACGGGAGGGAAGUUGUGCUGGUAACCAUUCAUAGCACACGUCACUUUACAGAAGGGGCAGUGGUGGCAGUAGUAGUAGUAAUAGUAGUAGCAGUAGUAGUCGUAACAAUAGUAGUAGUGAUCGUAAUAGUCGUAGUAGGUAGUCGUAACAGUAGUAAUAGCAGCUAGGUAUCCAAGGCUGGCGAAUUCUCCUUGGAUGUUUUCUUACACUGUCUGCUACCAAAAGCGUCCCAAGUCCAAUAGCGACUCUCCCAACAGGUUCCACGCGUAAUGGCCGGGCAAGA